UGAAAAGUUAGGAGGAAUAAGUACUUAUCAGAUCAUCAUAGUCGUAGCUGUAAGUGUUCUUCCGUUUGGAACUUCAUUCAUGGCCCAGUCAUCGGUAUUUUUUAGUGCAGUGCCGUAUUACAGGUGCUCGGUACCACCUUUGGAUGAUCCUCGAGUAUAUCCUAAUUUAACUGAAGAAAACAUAACAAAUCUAUUGAUACCGCCUGGGGAGCAGUGUUUUAGAUACGAUUACAAUUUAUCAACAUGUACUGGCGAUGGAGAUUUGUCGUGCUUGGAUAAUCCAGACCCAGGGAAAAUACAAUGUGAUAAUGGAUAUACAUACGACGAUACUUAUUAUGAAGAAACCACAGUUUCGGAAUGGGAUCUUGUUUGUGGGAGGACAACGCUAGACUCUGUUGCAAUUGCAAUGUAUUAUUUCGGUGUUAUGAUUGGUGCCUUUCUUGCUGGACCACUUCUUGACUGGUUUGGAAGAAAGGUGUCUAUGCUGAUUUUUGCAUUCAUUAUACUUAUUAAUGCAAUCGUGACUGCCUUUUCACCGUCCUACGGAGUCUACAUCGGCAUGAGAACGCUUACUGCAAUCGGAAAUUCUGCAUAUCUUUGCUACUUUACAUAUGUCAGCGAAAUGGUAGACAAGAAAUCAAGAACACCAACAACAGUAGGGGCAAUGCAGAUAUCAGCACUCGCCCAUACCUGUCUGCCUGGUUUUGCAUAUUUUCUGCGAGACUGGAGAAAAUUAUGUCUUUGCCUUGCGCUCAUAAAUGUGUCCUACAUUUUUGUAUAUUUCUUCAUACCUAGAUCUUGCAGGUGGUUAUUGACAAAUAAUAAGGCUGAAGAAGCCAAGAUAACAGUACAAAGAAUUGCCAGAUGUAACAAAAUUGAAUUUAAUGACGACGAUUGGAACCUUGUAGUGAAGACAGAAAAAGAAAUACUCCAAAUGUCUCAAAAGAAAAAGAAAUAUUUCAUGUAUGACUUAUACCGACCAACAAUGAUGCGUUUUGUAUCUAUAAAUAUUAUCUAUUUAUGGUUUGUUGUUGCCAUGAUAUUCUACGGAUUAACACUCAAUGUCAGAACGUUAGUAGGCGAUCCAUACGUUAACGCAGCCAUAAAUGCACUGGUUGAAUUUGUUGGAUAUUUCGUGUUCUAUGCAUUUGCUGGGCCGGUUGGAAUGCGAAUAACGUCGAGUAUUUCAUACUUUCUUGGAGGAAUGUGUUGUAUAACGACAAUGUUACUUUUGCAAUUUGCAAAUGGCAAUCAAGCAAUGCUAGAAGCCAGUAGAUGGGUGGCAAUUUUAGGAAAAUUGUUCGCAAGUACAUCUUUUGCUGUUGUUUAUCAGUACACCGCUGAACUUUAUCCAACAGUUGUCAGAGGAACGGGCUUGGCAAUGGGAUCCAUGGCAGGAAGACUGGGCCCUAUCAUAAUGCCUUUUACAUUGCAACUUCAACAGACAAUUCCUUGGCUUACACAGACAAUAUUUGGCACCCUCGCAAUCAUUGCUGGUGCAACGUCUCUGCUGCUUCCCGACACUACAAAUUCCGAUUUGAUGACUUCAGUGGAUCAGGCUGAAAAUUUUUAUCGUGAUAAUAUGAAGAUAACUGCAAGGUUAUUCGGUGCGACCGCCGAGUAUCAAAGCAAAACUGAUUCUACGACCAGUGGAACCAAAUCCGAUGAUUACAAUGAAUGCGAAAUAAAAUGUGAUGAUGGAAAGGUCUACAUUAAUUCAUAUAAACUUUAAUUCGAAGAAACAACGUCAAUUUUUGACUGAAGUACGGCUUUGUUUCAUCGCAUUAUAUUAUUAACUUUUAAAUUAAAUUCUAAAAUUUUCGCACAAGGAAACCAACAGAAGUUUAUUUCAACUUGAAACUCAAAAUUGCAAUAUCAAUUAGGGUUCAUAAGUAUUGAUAAUCAUCGCAUAUGGUAUAUACAAGUGAAAAUGGUGAAAUAAUUCCUAGAAAGCAUUGCAUAUUUUCUUUUACUCCAUGAUUGUUAAUUAUUCAAAAAUUUUCAUAU